GCAGCGAAGACUCGUUUAAUUUAAAUAUUAAUGGCUGUCAGGCAAUAAUAAAAGUUGUAAAUAUGGGAGACGAUGGCAUGGAUUACAACAUAGUUUUUCCAGAGCCGCAGAUAACAGAGAAAUACUGGCAUAGAACGAAGGAACCUGUUGUUAUUCUGUUAGGCUGGGCUGGCUGCAAAGACAAACAUCUGUCGAAGUACAGCUCGAUUUAUAAUGAACAAGGAUGCGUAACCAUUCACUACACGGCUCCCUUGAAGACGGUAUUCAUCUCCGAAUCGUUCGGCUACAAAGAGCUCCGAAGCACGGCGCGCAAACUGCUCGAACUCCUCUUUGACUACGAGGUGGAGAACAACCCCAUUUUCUUUCACGUGUUCAGCAACGGCGGCUUCAUGCUCUACCGCUACAUGGUGGAGCUCCUGCAGAGCGACCAGCAGUUCAGCUCUCUGCACGUAGUUGGCUCGGUCAUCGACAGCGCACCGGGCAGUCAAAAUGUCCGAGGGGCCCUCCGAGCCCUCAAAACCACGCUGGGCCCGAAGGUCAACGUGCUCCUGCGCUGGUUCCUCAUGGCUCUGUUCGCCGUGACCGUAAUCCUGCUGAGGGUCGUCCUGUACCCCGUUACCAAAUACUUCCACAGAAACCACUACGACGCCAUGAUGGAGCGGCCGGCGCCCUGGCCGCAGAUGUACCUGUACUCUAGAGCGGACCGGGUGAUCAGAUACAGGGACAUCGAGAAGAUGGUCAGGGCGCUUCAGGAGAAAAGACUGCACGUAGAGAGCUUUGACUUCAUAACGCCAGCUCACGUGAGUCUGUUCCGUGACUGUCCUGAAGACUAUUCGAACAGGUGCCGGACUUUUCUGACCAGCUGCAUGACUAACUCUGAGAAGACCCUGACAAGAAAACGCUUGGAAAAUUGACUCACUGACCACAUACACUCCAUGGCCACUUUAUAAGAAACAACUGCUCUUUAAUCUAAUGAUCAAAUAUGACCGUCAUAAGGUGGCAGCACCAAAAAUAGCAUUAUAAAGACCUGGCUUAGAAGCUUUGGUUAAUGUUUAAUGUAAACAUUAGAAUGUGGAAAAAUGGGAUCUAAGUAACUUUGGGGUUGGCAUGGUUGUUUCUGCCGGAUUAACUGGUUUGAGUAUGUUCCUGGGACUCAAGAAUGGUUCCGAAACAUCCAGUGAGCGGCAGUUUUGCUUCAUGUUUUCUUCAACUGUCCUAUUUGAAUCAGAUUCCUGUUCCAUCUUGUGAUGUAGCCAGUCUGCUUCAAGGUUUCUUUUUACCCUUACUGGGACGGUGCCAGCACCACUGUUGGGCUCUUGAACAAGGCCCUUAAUCCUCUCUUCUCCAGGGGUGCUGUACAAUGGCUGACCCUGCACUCUGACCCCAGCUUCCAAACAUAUGGGAUAUGCAAAAUAUCGUUGUAAUAUACACAUAUAUCUGUACAUAUGACAAAUAUAAGCAGUGAGUUAACGUAGCAUUCAUAUCAUUUCGAACCAGUCUGGUUCUCCAGUCUUAGACCUGUUUUAUAAAUGAGACUCACUUGCCGCUUACUGGAUGUUUUGUUGUUGGUUCUCUGCACCUUUCUGUGCAAAAUCUAGACACUUGCGUGUACAAACACCAGCAGAUCAGACCAACAAUUUCUGACUUAAACCAGCUUGUGUGAAAGUAACUACCAUGCCACAGUCAAAGCCAGUGAGAUCACAUUUCCCGCUCAUGUGGGUCGACAGCCAAAAAAUGGGUUGCAGAGAAAAAAAGUAACUCCAGCAUUUGCCAGUGUGCUGCUGCAUUACGUCUGUUUGGAUAAUGACACGAGUGUACAACGUUUCUUACAAAGUGGCAGCCGAGUGGUGUGUCCUUCCUUACCUUAUGAAUAAUAUGAAGCUGCUGUAAAUGAUAUAAUCCCAGUGUUUGUAAUAAUACUACUGACCUUACUUGCAUUUCUAGAGGGUUUGAUUGUCUUUUGAAUUGUAAUAAUUGGUAUUUAUAUGGUAUUGUUUGUAAUUUUAUGCUAAAGCUGUUAACUUAAGCUCAUUUUAAGACUAUCAAAUUUGCUAAAUGAAUCUGCUUGUGUAUUUUACUCAUGUCG